GCUAGCCUCUGCCGAGCGGCCCCCUGGCCGCGGCCGCCGCGCACUGCCCGGCCAGAGUGCGACGCGGCAGCCCGAGUCCGGACGCCGGCCGGUCCCGUGCGCUCCGCGGACGGGCGGGCGGCUGUGGACGCCCGGCCGGCAGCAUGGAUUCGGAUUCCGGCGAGCAGAGCGAGGGCGAGCCCGGGACCGCCGCAGGUCCUGAUGUUUUUAGUUCAAAGAACCUUGCCCUUCAAGCCCAGAAGAAGAUUUUGAGCAAAAUAGCCAGUAAAACUGUGGCCAACAUGCUGAUUGAUGACACCAGCAGCGAGAUCUUUGAUGAGCUCUACAAAGUCACCAAAGAGCACACACACAACAAGAAGGAAGCCCACAAGAUCAUGAAAGACUUAAUCAAGGUGGCGAUCAAAAUUGGGAUCCUCUACCGGAACAACCAGUUCAGCCAGGAGGAAGUUGUUAUUGUGGAGAAGCUCAGGAAGAAACUGAACCAGACCGCCAUGACAAUCGUCAGCUUCUAUGAGGUAGAAUACACCUUCGAUAGAAAUGUGCUCUCCAAGCUCCUACAUGAGUGCAAGGACCUGGUGCAUGAACUGGUACAGCGACACCUGACACCCAGGACCCACGGGCGCAUCAACCAUGUCUUCAACCACUUUGCCGAUAUGGAGUUCCUCUCCACCCUUUAUAGCCUGGAUGGAGACUGUAGGCCCAACCUCAAGAGGAUUUGUGAGGGAAUCAAUAAAUUGCUAGAUGAGAAAGUCCUCUGAAUGCCUUCCCUCCUCCUGGACUUGGCUGCGUUCAUGUUACAGCACCCAGCGUGUUCCAGGUGAGAAUCAGGAAAACAAGAAGAAACCCUUGUCAAAGAUGCCCAUGUUCUGUCCUGUUCAUCCCUCUGAUGUUGAUGCUAGAUUGAGCUCAGGUGUGUUUAUCACCUAAGCUCUCUGCUGAGGUCUGUACUUCAGUCUCCUUUGUUUGCAAGCCCAAAGGACAUCUCAUCUAUUCUAAGCAGAAAAGCUGCUCUGCUCAUCUAGGUGGGCCCAGUUCAUCUUGUGGAGUGGAAGGAGCCCUGGACCAGGGGUCAGAGGACAUGGGUUUGGUUCCCAGCUCCAUCAGUUACAAUUUUGUCCUCUGGAUCCUGGAACCAUCAUGCCCACCUGCCUACCUCCCAGGGCUGCUGUGAGGAUCAAAUGAGAUUAUGUUCAUGCUUUUAAAAACUCUAAUAAAAGGUCUUACUAGUUUCUCUUUGGCAUGUGGCAGGGAUCAACCUGGAUCUAGACUAUUAAGCAGCAGAGAAAAGAACAAUAGUUUCUAAUGGGCUGGGUUUGCAAUUUGUCUCUAGAUGUGCUGUUUCAAACAAAAUAAAAAUGAAUCCAAAGGUGUGAAAAAGUAUACCUGCAAAUUGGAAAAAUGUUUUUCAAGAGCUGUGUUUUUUAGGUCUUAGAUGUGCAGGUUUAUGGUCCUGCAGAGGGAAACCUUCUGGGGGCGGAGGGGGAGAGUGGAGAGAGAGUUUCCCACCCAUCAUGCAGAAGCAGAGAAGAACUGUGCUCCCCCUGCCCCUGCAGGACUGGCCUCUCCCCAUCUGAGGGGCACCAUCCGGGAGGCACGGGGAAGGUUUAUGCUGGCAUGCGCAGGAGAGCUGGGCAGAAUGAAGCCCUAUCCGUCUUUCUUGGUCUUUCACAGUCAUUCUGUGCUGUUUUCUCUGGUUUGUUAAUAAAUUGAAAUUACCCUUCAAAUAAGAGGUUUUGGAGUUGUGAUUCAAAAAUCAAAUUCCUUGGAGUUAGAUACAGUGUUAGGAAUAAUGGGAUUAAAAGGAAGAAGACAAUGAAGAGUA